AUGACGACGGAAACUUGGAGGGGGAGGGGGCAAGGCCACUUACACCGCCGCUCUUGGAACGGAUGUAAGAUCUGCCCAGGUUGCCCGCUUUCUUGCACUUCCAACGCGCAAGCAAAACAAGACAAGCAAGCAAGUACAACAUACUACCUUUCUGGAAGACGGUUAUUAUCUCAAAAAACGCAAUUUCGUUUCUCGAGAUCACAUGCGAUGCGCCUCGAGAGGAGGCUCCGCCCUUGCGCAUACAUACAUGCCGUACAUGCUGCUCCUGCGUCUGAUGGGGACGCUCUUCUCUUGGAGAUGCACUCACUCCCCCACCCAUAA